GACUUGGAAUUUAUUCAAGAUGGCUGCGUCCAUGAGACAAAUGCUGUCGCGACUCUCUACCGCAAAAGAGGGAUUGAAGGUUCCAGGACGUCUUAAAACGGGUCUCCCCAAAAAGAUAGGUGAUUAUCUGAGCAACAUGUACCGUGAUUACCGAGCUGCUACUGUGGAUGUCUUCACCGACAUGAAGGAACGUCCUUUCAAGGCAACGUUUUACAUUGCCAGUUUGAGUGCCAUCGGGUACAUGUGGAGUCAGGCACCGGACGAGGAGAACUUUGAGAUAGAACUAGUCAAUGCCAGCAACGACCUUCUCCUGCUGAGCAAUCUGACCAGGAACCAAGGCUCGGAUGGUCAUGUCCAAAAACUUACAGCUCUGCAGAACGCGGGCGUACUGAGAUUCAUGAACCUUGGUGUGUGCUCUUUAAUCUGGGAAGAUAACUUUGACAAGCGGGUGGCGAUGUAUGACGCAAAAUGUGACUAUCUUGCCGUGUCAUGGAGGGAACUACCUGACAGGAUAAGAGACGUGGGUUUCCUUGGACGUUGGCAUUACUUAUCAAAGGCCAUGACGGACUAUGAUAUAAAUGAAUUUGAAUUUCAAAACGCAUCAUCUGGAUAGCCAAGGAACCAAUAAUCAAACAAACUGCACAGCAAAAAUAUCAUGAAAUACUGUAUAUAUAAUUCAUGAAGAAAUAAUAAUUGUAAUAAAGAUUGAUUUAUUAUGCGCAUGAUAGACCUACAUGUAGGAGAAGUCUCUCUAUGCGAUUUACAGUGUAAGAUAUAAAUAUUAUUAACCAAAGUAAUUUUAAGAAUAGGCCUGUACAGGUUUUUGAAUAUCCAUGAAUACAUAUACCUUUACUUGUUUGUUAAAAUUAUCUAAUAUUACCAGGGAACAAUUUUGCUUUACAAAUUUGAACAGCAUUUUUGGUCAUAAGAGAAAAGCUCUCAACUAAGUAAUGUAGCCUACAGUCCUUUGUAAAAAUAUGCUAUACAAAAGACUUAAUGCAUAGCAGUCUUUCAAAAAUGUGGAGCAAAUUGCGAAAUCGGGAAAAUUAUUCCCUGAUUACUAUGAACUUCAAUCAAGUAGAGUGAUGGAUCCAGCAGGUAAUACCAUUUCACAGGCCAUAUUGUUUGUGCACAAUGGUGGGACCAUCUAAAGUAGUUUGUCUAAUCUCUUGAGAUUCACCCCUGGGGCCCGUUUCAUAAAACUUAUUAUAAUAACAAAAUUGUUAAAAGCUUCUGAAAUCAUUCAAUCUGAUUGGCUGAUUGUAAAUUUGUUAUAGAAACUGUCAAUUUGUUAUUUUAACAAGUAUUUAUGAAACGGAACCCUGAAGUAAUCAAUGUUGAGAAAUAAUUAGUUUCCUACAUGUAUAUCUGAUAAGCCAUUCUGUAUUAGCAAACUUUUAAUCCCAGCUGUUUAUUAUUUCUUCAACUAAUAAAUUAUAAGAUUCAUCUUCUAUAUAAAGGUGAUUUUGAAAUAGGGAGAGUUACAUUUCCAAAUUUACCAGAUUCUAUUUUAAAUUGAAUAUUAUAGAUUAUUUUUUCUUUUCUUUGAAUAAUACAUUAAUCCAAGAGCCUUUAUUAGCUUUUGUUCAUUAUUAUUGGUUUACAUGAACAAAUCUGCUUUUAAUCAACCAGAUGACAAAUUUUUUGUAACGAUUUACUUUGAAAAUCAUUGGGAAAUGGUGAGAAAACUUUUUCUUAAUCAUGAAAUUCCACCUGUUUUGGUGAGUUUACACUUACGAGCGAGGCUUCAGGCUUCAACAGACCUUUGUUAUUAUUGUGAAAAAAGAAUGUUUUCUUAUGCCAUCACACCAAUCAGACCCUUUUCCCAAAUGAUCUAUCUGUCCCACUGUUUUGUAACUUUAGUGGAACAUAUUUAACAAAAUAAAAUAAACUCCUCAAAAAAAGUUUGGAAAUCUGAUUUUGAUCGAUAAAAUUCCUCCUCGGUUUUAGUGAAUAUCAAUGUGUAAUUAAUAUCAAUGAAUAGAUCAUUUAAUUUUCUUUAAAAUGAUACCCUCCAUGAUAUGAUUAUGGUUCACAUGGAAGUGCAGUGCCUUGAAAUGUGGGGCAAGGUCAAAAUUGAAAAGUUGCAAAAUGACAAAAUUUUGAAAGUCACUGUUCUUUUUUUUCCGUGGUAAUAAGUGAGUUUCUCAGCGUUUUCUUUUGACCUUGAUCGAUAAGUUCUCCUUUGUUUUAGUAAAUAUCAAUGUGUAAUUAAUAUCAAUGAAUAGAUCAUUUAAUUCUCUUAAAAAUGAUACCCUAUGGGAUAUGAUUAUGGUUCACAUGGAGGUGAAGUCGUUUGAAAUGUGGGGCAAGGUAAAAAUUCAAAAUUUGCAAAAUGACACAAUAUUGAAAGUCACUGUUCUUUUUUCCGUGGUGAUGAGUGAGUUUCUCAGCGGUUUCUUUUGUUUUCAUGCACCUUAACAUCAACAUUAACAUGGAAUCAAACACACCUCUACACAAGCAAACAAACAUGCAUGGGUAUUUCAAAUGGUAUUUCAAACCCUGACUCACACCAUGUUAUCUUUAACCAUCACUACAUAAACCACAACAAAUGAACAAAACAUAAAAAUGAAGAAGCAGGGGCUUGAUUUGAAUGGAGUUUCAUCUCUAUUGAUACCUGUAGACAAAAGAAUCAUGUUCUGUAUUGACCCUUCAUGACUAUUUCUGCUCGUUUUGCAGCUUUUCAAUUCAGACCUCAUCCAACACUUUAGAAUCCUGCUCUUUUCGUGAUGGCAUGAUCAUAACAAGCAUGGUAUCAUUUUAAAGAGAAUUAAAUGAUAUCAAAUAUGCAUUGUGUAAAAUUGGGAGAUGGGAGAAAUUAAUGGCCAAACUCAGAUGUCCAAACUUUUUUUGCUCGUUUUGCAGCUUUUAAAUUCAGACCUCAUCCAACACUUUUGAAUCCUGCUCUUUUCGUGAUGGCAUGAUCAUAACAAGCAUGGUAACAUUUUAAAGAGAAUUAAAUGAUAUCAAAUAUGCAUUGUGUAAAAUUGGGAGAUGGGAGAAAUUAAUGGCCAAACUCAGAUGUCCAAACUUUUUUUGCUCGUUUUGCAGCUUUUAAAUUCAGACCUCAUCCAACACUUUUGAAUCCUGCUCUUUUCGUGAUGGCAUGAUCAUAACAAGCAUGGUAUCAUUUUAAAGAGAAUUAAAUGAUCUUUUGAAUGAUGUAAAAUAUGCAUUGUGUAAAAUUGGGAGUUGGGAGAAAUUAAUGGCCAAACUCAGAUUUCCAAACUUUUUUUGAGGGGUUUAGAAAAAUUGAUAUUUUAGUACACAUGGAAAACACAUUCAUCUUGAAAGAGAGAGGAAAGCUAGUGACAAAAUAACAACAUUCUUUGAAUAAUUUGUUAAGACGUGAAAUUGAAAAGUCAAGUUGUAUUCAAAUCUGAUAUUUUCAUUGUGAUAUAAAUUGAAAAGACAUGUUUUGAUAAUAACAAAAAGGUUUUUUUUUGGAGGGGGGUGUUGCUGUCAUGUUCCUGCAGUUCUUUACAUCUACAUAAGAUGAAAAUGUAAUACACUAUAAAUGUGUGAUUAUAUGUUUAUAUAUGUUAAGAAAUAAAUGGAAUCUUCCCUUUUCCAAUAGA